AUGGAGUUCACAGUUUAUGUGGAGGGUUGCCUCGAAGAGGAGUUGGAUGAGGAAAAUCCGUCGACAAUCCCCGUUCCCUGUGAAACUGCGCCGUUGGUCUAUACCAAUCAGAAGGCGGAAGUCACCAAGGAGGAACGGGAAUAUACCAAGGAAGAGCAUGAUAUCUUCGAAAAGCUCCAGCUUGAUGAAGGAGGUGGACAAUAG